GGCAGGCCGGCGACGAUGGCGGCGGUUCGGUGCGCGGCGAGGAGUCUCGGUGGCUCCCUGCUCCAGCGGACGCAGGCGGCGGUCGCGGAGGAGGGACGCCUGCUCGCGCCAAGCAGGCUCAUGCGCUCCCGCCAGCUCUCCAGCCAGGUCUCCGGCGAGCGAUCGCAGGUGCCGGAUCGACUCCUCCUUGAGACAGGCCGGAUCAUGCGCAACCGCCAGCUCGCUAGCGAGAUAUCCAAGAGACUACAGGAGCCGUCUGCCUUGGAAUCUGAGGUCCAGUGCAGGAUGGAGACACUUCGUGCCUCGUGGCAUAAUAAGUUGGACGAGCUUCACAAGGAAGCAGCACCAGAUGCCUUUGAGUUGUAUGUGAAGGCCUAUGGAAAUGCGGCUAAGGCUGUGGUCCGUGGAGCUGCCAAGGCGUUGUUUGGCUUCAGUCUGAUUAGUUCUCUUAUCUUUGAGUUGUUUGGCUGCUACCAAGGAAAACCAGAGAAGACAAGAUAAAGAAAAGGAGAACCAAUGAUGGCCUCCGAAGUUUGGCUAGCUUGCACUGUGCUAUCAUAAAUUGUGAUAUUGUGUGACAUGGUAUCAUGUUAUU